AUGGGUCUUGCUUUUCAUUACUGCGGUAUUAUUGAUGGGCAAGGAACUCCCUUGUUGAAUUGUAAACACUCAGGGAAGAGUUGCCCCAUUGGAGCCUGGAGUCUUCAAAUAAAUGAUGGAAAGAACGUGAACAUCAAUGGAUUAUCUUCAAUUAACAGCCAAUUGUUUAGCAUUGCAAUGAAUCGGUGCCAAAACGUGCAUAUGACAAGGGUGAAUGUCUUGGCUGCAGGUGAUAGUCCAAACACUGAUGGCAUCCAUGUGCAACAAUCAUCAGAUGUGACCAUCCUCAACUUGAACAUUGGAAACGGUGACGACUGCAUCUCCAUCGGUCCAGGGACAUCCAACAUGUGGAUGGAAAGUAUUACAUGUGGACCUGGACAUGGAAUCAGCAUUGAGAGCUUAGGAAUAAAGGCUGAGGAGGAUGGAGUGCAUAACGUUACCGUGAAAUCAACUACAUUCACAGGGAUUCAGAAUGGAGAUUCUGGAGUUAAAGUUAGUGAAGUAACAUUCGAAGACAUUAAGGGAACUUCAGCCACUAAAAUAGCAAUCAAUUUGAUUGUAGUCCAAUAA